UUUUUUUUUUCCUUCUGGUUGUCAAGAAUGUUCUCAACAUUAAAACCCAACAUUAUUAGAAUAUCGUCAAAAUCAGGACGCCGUCUUUUUUCUAAUAAACAAGGCUUUGAUAGUCUUGUGAUGGGCGUCUAUACGACAACAACAGACCUGACAUCACCUUUAUUAACUACACAACAGGUUUCAAACAAGACAAGACAAGUCAUUCAACAACAACUUGCUGGUAGUAAUUUCAAAAAUGCAGGUGACAUUCGUAUGCUUUAUAAUGUAGGCGGAAUUAAACAAUUGGCUGUUGUAUCGCUUGGAGAAAACUCAACUAAAAAAAAUGAAUAUGAACAACAAGAAAAUGUUCGUAUGGCUACAGCAAUUGGCUUACAAGCACUUCAAAAACAAGGUGCAAAAUAUACAGGAGUAGAUGUUUCGGUUGAUAUACAAGCAGCAGCAGAAGGUGCUGUCUUGGGACAAUUUUCAUUUGAUAAAUUAAAGAAAAAUCAAGAAAAGGAAGAAAAAAGGGUGAUGCCUUAUUUGACAGAUGAAAGUCCAAGUGCUCAAAAGUCUUGGGAAACAGGUCAAAUUUAUGGGGCUUCACAAAAUGUAGCUCGUAUGCUAAUGACUACUCCUGCUAAUCUGAUGACACCUAAAUUAUUUACUGAAGAAGUUGCCUAUUUAUUAGCAGGAUUAGAGAAUAUUGAUAUUGAAGUUCAUGGUGAAGAAUGGGUCAGUCGACAAAAGAUGAAUGCCUUUUUAUCUGUUGCUAAAGGAAGCGUAGAGCCUUUGAGAUUUUUGGAAAUUCAUUACAAGGGAGCCGCUAAUAAGGAUGAAAGGCCUUUUGGUUUAGUAGGAAAAGGAAUUACUUUUGAUUCUGGAGGUAUUUCGCUAAAACCAUCUGCAAAUAUGGCAUUAAUGAAAGGUGAUAUGGGCGGUGCUGCUGUUUCAUGUGCUGCUCUUUUUGGUAUUGCGAAAAUGAAAUUACCAGUUAAUAUUGUUGCUGUCAUUCCUUUAUGUGAGAAUAUGCCUUCUGGUAAAGCUACUAAACCUGGAGAUGUAGUUAAGGCUAUGAAUGGUAAGUCAAUUGAAGUCUUAAAUACAGAUGCUGAAGGAAGAUUAAUUUUGGCGGAUGCGCUACAUUAUAUUUCUUCACGUUUUCAUCCUAAGCAUGUAAUAGAUUUAGCUACCCUUACAGGCGCUAUGGAUGUCGCUUUAGGUCAAGUUUAUACAGGCGUAUUUACGAAUUCAGAUAGUCUUUGGAAACAAUUAAAAAAAGCAGGAGAGAUAACUUCUGAUCCAUUCUGGCGUAUGCCUCUUCAUGAUGAUUAUGUCUAUGAUAUAAAGCAAUCAUUAGUAGCUGAUUUGAGUAAUGUUGCAUCUAAUCGUUCUGCAGGGUCCUGUGUUGCGGCAGGAUUUUUACGUGAAUUUAUUGAAAAAGAUAUUCCUUGGGCUCAUAUUGAUAUUGCAGGUGUUAUGGAUUGUCCUUCUUCUAAAGGUCAUCAUAUCAAAGGCAUGAGUGGUCGACCAACCCGAGCUAUAAUUGAGCUUAUGAAAGGAAUUCAUUCAUGAAGAAGAAGAAGAAAAAAGACAAUGUUUACAUAUUAUAAAUAAACAAAUGGUAUUAUUCAUAA